AUGAACGUUCUGGUUCUCCUGAGCCUGUUGCUCUUCAUUCCAUUUCUCUUCUUCCUUGCAUUCCUAGCCGCAUCUUCGUGUAUGGGCGACGGUUUCCGCGCACGAUUCGCUGGCGUCACAUUCAAUCCUCGAAACGCAUCGUUCGGUCGCAACUACACGCGAGGAUUCGGGUCGGGAGCAGGCACCGGCGGCUGGGAACAAAUUGAGAUGGAAGACAUGAUGGGGGAAGACAGCGACUCGGAAUGA